GUCACGCAUGCAUUGUCCGUUAUGAGGCUCGGUAUCUUUGACCUUCUGUAUCCUUGCUGUGGUCAAGAAUGGAGAUCGAUGACAAAAAAUACGUUUUAAAAGAGGUACGACCAACCUCUAAAACACCCUAUUACAUCGCUAUUGCUGCGGCUGUAAUCCUCUGUUUAGUAGGAAUCAUUCUUGUUGGAAUUGGAGGGACGGAACUGUCGAAAGAUGAGAAGGUUUGCAGCAAAGGCCGGUCAUUGAAAGAGGCAAUCAAGCAAUCGAAGCCAUGCGAUUAUUCGAAUGAAGCUAACCGCGUUGGGCUUGAUGACUUCCUUAAGAAAGUAAAAUCGACUUACUUCAAGAUGCGUCCUAACAAUGUAGUUUAUGAUCCUGAUUCGACCCCUGUGUCUGUUCGACAAACCUUCAGUCCAUACAAUGCUCAUCCCGACGCCAUCCGUGACAGGACGGACGCAGCUAGAAGGCUGUUCAAGGAAGCGGUAAAUCUCGAGGAGAGCGUUGACAGCGACAAGCUAAAACCGCGCGAGAUCAAAGCGAUAGCCCAAGUAAAGCACUUUCUACAGAGCAACUUCGGUGUGCCCUACGACGAGAAUUACUAUGCCGGUGACUGGAUGCUUGGACCCAAUAAAUUCUGUUGGCAGCCCAUUUGUUAUGUGGGAAACGACUUGAAGGCUCAUUUUUCCUACGAGAGCUGGGGAAUACGGCCCAAAACUUUGGACGAUUUAAACUUUGUCAUUGACCACCUAAAACAGUUAAACGACUCGAUAAUGCAGUACAUCGAGAAUGUUAAAUAUGGUGUAAAGGCAGGGUUCGUGCGUUCUGUAGAAGACUGUCAAGAUGGAUUAUAUUCAAUUCAACGUGCUUAUAUCAGAAUAUCGCAAGACGGACCAGAGGGUAUGUCUAUUUCUAUAAUACACUUUCCCAGUAAUUUAUAAGCCCCAUAAAACCAAAUUUCCUCCCUUGACCUCACCGUUCAAGCCGUGUGGGCUCUCUCCCUCUAGCUCCCGAGAAUUGUGGUCGUUUCACCCGAAAGUCGAGUCUUCCGAGGUUGUUUCACCCAGACGUAAAGUCAACUCGCCCGAUGACAAACAACACUCUACGAUUAUGUAACACGCCUUAGCUAAAAUAGGUCUAGCGUUCUGAACGAUCGGGUGUAUAUAUAAAUGCAAAAUUUGCAAUAAAUUCACACUGUAGUUAUCUUAGCGGUCUUGACAAUCACAUUCGAGAUACUGAAAGACUGUACAUAAAAACUGCUCGAAUCGAAUUUCGGACUACGGAAAAGCCCGAGGUUGGACCUGUUAGCGCUCAAAGACAUUCCUUUGUUGUGCUGUACGAGGUUAGCAAUUGGGAGACGCCCGGCCCUGGCACUGUAAACGAUCCUGAAAAUGAGAGCACUGUCUUAGCGUUAUUUUGUUUAUGUUUCGGGGUUUUGUUUUUCUUCUCUGAUUACUUUCUAAUUCCUUAUUGUUUAUAUCAUUAUUUGCUCUAGUAAGCGCCUUUGCGCCUUUUUAACAUUUGUCUGAUCAUGAGAAAACUAUUUUUAUACAUGGUUUACAAAAAGCAGUACCUCGUCAUUUAAUCGCCAUACUCAAUAUAAUCUAUAUGUUACAAGUCAAAUUAGAUUUCUGGUUAAAUUUUUUUUAAACCAUGGUUGAUGUUCAAUCUUCUUUGUCUUCUGGGGCAGCAGGUACACGCAGACCCUCGUCCCUCGAACCCCUAAGAACCCCUAAGAACCGCUGCGUGGGAGGCGGCUACUCAUGUGCCCAACCUAACUAGUGAAUUAAGUACGGCAUCAAUUUGGUACGGCAGUUUUAAUUUGGUGUCGCAUUAUUCGACAUGGAGGCCCGUUCUGGUCAAAAUCGUUUUUAAUAAAAUUGCACCGUAAGUCAAUUUUUGCCAGUGUAUCACUUAUCAUAGCCUGCGCGCAGACGAAAUUAAACUCUGGUUAACUCCGUCUGCGAAACAGCGCCGAAAUCCUUGUUCUGGACUUCCAGCUGUGUACCCAGGUUUGAGUACACGCCACGAUUGGCCAGUUAAAAAGGCCUUUCUUUUGUUUGUCGUGAUCGCCAAUCAGGUUGAAGGGGAAUUCGAAACGCACUUCCGGUAAUUCGUUGAGUCCGUUGGGGGUCCAGAACAAGGAUCUCUGCGCUGCUUCGCAGACGUUGCCUGCAACAAAGGAAAUAGGAGACGUCUGCACGCAGGCAACGCAGACGGUACUAAUCAGAGGUUAGUUAUCGUCUGCACGCAGGCUACACUUUUCAUGGACCGUUGAUCACCGUUGAUCGUUGAUAUUUUUUAUCACUACACAAUACUUUUUUCAACAUGUUGCUUAUUAUUUCUAGCUGCAUGAAUUAUUUUUUAUCAAGUCAAAUUAUUUUUUUUAUAUAGUUCUGUGAAACAAUUUUUCGUUCUUACCACGAAUUAUUUUUACCACAAGUGUUGAGAAUUAUUUUUUUCAUUGUGCUGAUAAUUAUUUUUGGCGGUAUAUCGAUUUUAU